AUGGCAGGGGGUGGAACGAGAUGAGGUUUAAAGUCUUUUCCAACCCAAACCGUUCUGUGAAACCUCUGCAGACAGAACGUCCUGUGUCAAGAGUUAUCAACACCAUGCUGGUGACCUGUGCUGUUUGCUGCUACCUGUUUUGGCUGAUUGCAAUUCUGGCUCAACUCAACCCUCUCUUUGGGCCGCAGUUAAGCAAUGAAACAAUCUGGUAUCUUAAAUAUCACUGGCCUUAAGGAUGUGUGUGCUGUGCUGCAGUUCAUUGACAGGUGAAGAAGAGAUGAAAAACUCCACUGACCCAAAGGUUCCCUUUCUGUAGCUGGUUGGAUACGAAGCCUGCAGUAAUGCCUUAACCUUUCUAAUGUUCUUCAUGUGGCUUCUUCAAAGCUCUGUGUUUUUUCCUACUAUUCCAUUUAACAGAGUGCCUAAUGCAAUUUAUACUCCUCUUUGGUACUGUCAAUUUUUGACUGUUAACUCCAGAUGUGAUGAAAAUUUCUAUUUUUACGGGUCAUGGAAUCUCAUUUCCUGUUCAUUUUAUCUGUAAUAACACUUUAUAUUUGAAGGUCUUAGCUCGUCUGUCAUUUUGCUGUUCACCCCUGGUCUGUUUGCACUGGACACAAAUAUGUGCAAUAAACUGUGUGAGGAGAGGAGGAACAGUGAUAUCACGUGCUGAUGGCAAUUCUUUAUUUUAUUUUAUGUUUUUUUUUCAAAUGAAUUGUAUUCUUGAGAAAUCUGGCCUUAAAUUUCUCAUGCCUGGAAAUAAAGCUAAUCCUCUGCUUGAUA